AUGGUGGGGGCGUGGCUUGAAAACUUGAAAGCGACCCGACUGGACCAAUCGCGGUUGCGAGGCCGGGAGUUGGACCAAUCCCAAGGCGGGAAGCCCAGCGGCGGCUUUACCUGCGUCCAGGUGCGCUUCGACGAGUGCGGGAUGGAGCCGGGGCCGGCGGUCUCGGGGGAAGCGGCCGGGGCCGAGCUGCCCAUGGAACCCUCGGCGGGCCCGGCGCCGGGGCCGCCGCAGGGCCGCGCGGAGGAGCAGCCGCCCGAGGGGAGCCCGAGGCCGGCCCGGGCCGUGCAGGACGCGGCGGGCGCGGGCGGGAAGAAGCUGCCCUCGCCGCGGCCCGCGCCGCUGCGGCUGCCCAGCCUGGGCUACGGCGCCUUCCGCCGCCUGGGAGGCCCCGGGCCCGACGCGCCGGGCCCCGGCGCGGCCGAGCUGUCCCGGGACGGCGAGGCGCCGGCGGCCGAGCCGGGAGCCGGGCCCUGGGCGCCCGUGGAGCUGCAGGUGGACGUGCGCGUGACGCCGGUGGGCGCCGCGGGGGGCAGCCUGGCGCCCUCGCCCGCGCCCUCCCGGCGCUUCCUCACCGUGCCGGUGCCCGAGUCGCCCGGCUUCUCCCGCCGCAGCUGCCCCGCGUCCCCGCUGCUGUCCCCCACCGCGUCCCCGGGCGGCACGUGGGGCCGCGGGUUCUCGCCGAUCGCGGGCCGGGCGGAGCGCGGCGACGACGCGGACGGCUGGGCCAGCCCCGCCGCGGGCCGCACGGACUCGCCCGCGUGGCGCUGCCGCUGCAAGGAGCUGGGGCUGGAGAAGGACGAUUCGCACCUGCCGCUGCGCGCCGAGACCGACGACCUGAAGCUGCCCAGGGCCAUAAAGCUCAUAGGGCUGCCCAUGUACCUGAAGUCUCUGCAGUGGGCCUUGGUGGUCAUGGCCGUGCUCCUGGCGGUGUCGGCUGUGUCCAUCGUCGCCUUGGCCUCCAGAGCAGGGGCGCGGUGCCGCGGGUGCCCUCAGGGCUGGAUGUGGUCCGAGGAGCUCUGCAUCUACCUCUCAGCCGAGCCGCAGGCCUGGGAGGCCAGCCAGGCCUUCUGCGUUGCCCACCAUGCCAGCCUGCCCCUGCUAAGCCACACCCAGGACCUGCUGACAAGGUUUCCGGUGACUGUGGAUUCCUGGGUGGGGGCCCGGCGAGGCCCCCAGGGCUGGCACUGGCUCGAUGGCGACCCUCUGCCACCCCAACUACUCCCCGCGGAAGACGAGGCCCAGCUGCAUCUCCAGUGCGGGGGCCUGCGGGCCGGGAGGCUCGUGGCCCUGGACUGUGGCUCGCCCCGAGCCUGGGUCUGCGUCAGAGGCACCAAGUGACAGGGGCACCCCAGGAGCCAGACACCUGGCCGUGGAAAGGCCCCCCCCCCGUGCAGCGCCCCACUCUCUGGCAGGGAGCUUGCUCCUUCACCUUCUGGGGUGCUGGGGGCAUCUCCCAGAAGCAGCAGCAGUUGCCCGGGGUGACUGCUGCGUUCCAGGCUCUGGGUGUCGGCAGGAUGAGGAGGCACAGAGCACCUGCCCCCACGCGCCUGGGGAGGCUGGGGACUGGCUUGACUGGAAGGCUCCGUGUGCAGUGCGGGGUGGGGGGCAGCACAAAGGGGGGCCAGGCAGGGCCUGUGGAUUCUGCUGCAUGGCCCUCGGGAAUGGGGGGACCAGCCGUGCCCUCAGGCAGGCUGGGCUGGACGCCCCGAGUCACGGGGACCGCUGGCCUCUUCAAAGGGCCUGAGAGAGGGACAGAGGGCUGAUGGAGCUAAGGGGGGUCUCGGUGUCCGUUUCCUUUUGGUGUAGUACUGGGGAUGCUCGCUCGACCGCCACGUUCAUCCUGGCAUGAAAAUCCCCCUCUAAGAUGCUGGGGUGGAGAAAUGGAGUCGGGGGUUGAAAGCACCAGCCUUGCAGGCAGCUGACCCUGGCUUGACCCCUGACACCGCCUGCACCCCCAAACACCUACAGGACGAGAACUGCAGGGAAACUGAAGAAAUCUGUAGUCUGGGUUGAGGGGGGCUCAGAGGCUGAGCCCCAGGCCGGGGGGCCAGGCUUGAUUCCAGCACGCAUGGUUUGGGUAUGGCCCCGAAGCUCCAAGGCGGUCCGGGACCAGAGUGGACACUGGCGGGAGGCCCGGGCCACGCCAGCCUCGCUCUGGCUUCGUCUGGAUGCAGCUUCCGCGCAGACCCGGGGCAUCUGUCACCCUCAAUAAAGGAGGUCUG